GCACUACAGGUGGCUGGGGGAGCGGGAGGUGGGGGGUGUUUGUCUCUCUCUCUGACGUCAGUCCUCGCUCUCAGACAUGGCUUGCUGCUCGUGCUCUGAAACACGCGCUCAUCCUCAGGGCUUUUAUUUUGUAUUUUGUUCAUGUGAGCUGAAGACUUCCGCUCCCUCAGCAGCUGAUCCACACUCUGCUCCGUUUUUAUUUCUUUCUUUUGUUGUUCUUGUUGUUGCACCGGCUCCCGAUGCAAGGAGUCUUGAUGGAGGAAAUGUCCCGGCAGCUGUCGGCAGGGUUCCGGGCUCCUGCAGCCCCGAGAGGAGUACUGAAGUCCCUGCUGGAGAGCCCAGUGCGGCCGGGGAGGCAGGAAGCAUUCAGUCAGGAUGUGGAGAAGGAGAAGACCCUGGAGGAGGAGCGCCGCCCUCCCCAGUCGGCCUUCCUCGGCCCCACGCUGUGGGACAAGACGCUGCCCUACGAGGGGGACGGCUUCCAGCUCGAGUACAUGGACCUGGAGGAGUUCCUGACUGAGAACGGCAUCCACUCCCAGCACCACCAGCACCAGCACCAGAACCAGAACCAGCCUCCACAACGUCAUCCGCCAACCCUGACCAAAGCCCCGCCCACAUCAGCUGUGAUGGACCUCAGAAACCAGGCCUCCAUCUCCACACACCAACGAGUCACCACACCAGCUGUGUUCCCUAAAGCUGUGUUCCCCUCAAACUGUGUUCCCCUGAAACUGUGUUCCUCUAAAGCUGUGUUCCCUAAAGCUGUGUUCCUCUGA